AUAAAAAAUUCGACAGUGGAGUGAAGCUGUGUACGAUUAAGGGUUAAGUCUUGCAGCAAAAUCCGUCUUCAUCCUUAUAUUUUGAGGCGAUAAUGAGCCCCAAAACACGGAGAGCAUAAAGUACGCGUUUCACACCAUCGAACGACGUCGAUAUUUUAGGUCUUCGUUCCUCGGAAAGAUAAAAAAGGGAUGGUGAAAUUUGUAUUGUUACAGAAGGAACUGGGACUCUGGGGGCGGGGGAAUGUGAAUUAAAGGAGUUGUGAACCAGUUUAGGGAGGUGGAAGUAUUUGCCGAGGUAACGUAACGUAAACAUAAGGUGAAAAGCUCAACAUUUUUGUAUCCUACCAAGGUACAUACGAAGCAACAGAAGCGGCUAACGUUUGCUAACAGCGACAUGGAACUGAGAGUGGGGAACAGAUACAGAUUGGGCAGAAAAAUCGGAAGUGGAUCUUUCGGGGACAUCUAUUUAGGCACAGAUAUUUCUGUGGGUGAAGAGGUUGCCAUUAAGUUGGAAUGUGUGAAGACCAAACACCCCCAGCUCCACAUCGAGAGCAAGAUCUACAAGAUGAUGCAAGGAGGAGUGGGCAUUCCAACAAUAAAGUGGUGUGGAGCAGAAGGUGACUACAAUGUGAUGGUAAUGGAGCUGCUGGGGCCAAGCCUGGAGGAUCUUUUUAACUUUUGCUCCCGCAAGUUCAGCUUGAAGACGGUCCUGCUGCUUGCUGAUCAGAUGAUCAGUCGCAUUGAGUACAUUCACUCCAAGAACUUCAUCCACAGAGAUGUGAAGCCUGAUAACUUCCUGAUGGGACUGGGCAAAAAGGGAAACCUGGUCUACAUUAUCGACUUUGGCCUGGCUAAGAAAUAUCGUGACGCUCGCACACACCAGCACAUACCCUACCGCGAGAACAAGAACCUGACUGGCACUGCACGCUACGCCUCAAUCAACACACAUCUGGGGAUUGAGCAGUCCAGGCGCGAUGACCUGGAGUCCUUGGGCUAUGUUCUAAUGUAUUUUAAUCUGGGCUCAUUGCCUUGGCAAGGACUCAAAGCGGCUACUAAGAGGCAGAAGUAUGAACGAAUCAGUGAGAAGAAAAUGUCAACCCCCAUUGAGGUGCUUUGCAAGGGAUACCCCUCUGAGUUCGCAACCUACCUGAAUUUUUGUCGCUCCCUGCGCUUCGAUGACAAGCCAGACUACUCAUACCUACGACAGCUCUUCAGGAACCUGUUCCACAGACAAGGCUUCUCUUAUGACUACGUAUUUGACUGGAACAUGCUCAAAUUUGGAGCCAACCGCGCAGCAGAGGAAGCAGAAAGAGAGCGCCGGGACCGGGAGGACAGGCUCAGGCACGGCAGGAACCCAGGGGCCAGAGGAAUUCCUGCUGCAUCAGGACGCCCACGAGGAACUCAAGACGGCGCACCGCCCACCCCGUUAACACCCACCUCACACACAGCGAACACAUCCCCUCGACAGGUGUCUGGAAUGGAGCGUGAACGAAAGGUCAGCAUGCGACUGCAUCGUGGCGCUCCUGUCAAUGUGUCAUCCUCAGAUCUAACAGGACGGCAGGACACGUCCCGAAUGUCCACCUCACAGAAUAGUAUUCCCUACGAGCAUCACGCCAAGUAGACGCUCGUCACGUCCUUGUGUGAUGAAGGCAACACUGGAUGAUGUCUGGUGUCCCGACUGCCGGUCUUCAUCUUCUAGCUCCUCGAUGAGCCCCCACAAUGCACCCUGGCGGACCAAGCCAUGUUCACUCAGAAGCAAUCUGACAUACUAAUACUGCUAUUUAUUACUACUAUUUCAGCUAGCAUUGGAAGCCAGCUGUGACUCGGCACAAAGUGCUGUAUGACGGACUGAUCUCUGAACUCUUUCUCUGUCUGAUCUCCCAGACAAUUUAACAGUGUUGGAUCUCAGGACUGUUAGGUCUACUUUGUCAGGACCCCCCCCCCCAAAAAAAAAGAAGGGAGAGAAAGAAACCCCAGCAGAUUUGGAAUGAGCAGUGCUUUGUCCAGGGCAAACAUGGCAGCCAGUCUUUUCUAGGACAUUUACUGACCGAAUAACAGUUCAGGCUCUUUCUUCUGUGGAAACAUUAGUCAUUGAUGACCCUACAUUUCCACUGUCACUGUCUGCUACUGAUGAAUAAAAUUGCUUUUCUCUUUUGUGUAGUAACCACCAACAACUUUUUCUGUUUUUAAUAGUAACCACCACCACUGGUGGCUCUCUUAGGUAAAUAUAGCCAUUUGUAUGAAAAAAAGAAAAAAGAAAACAAUUCUUUGCAUGUUUUAGAGGUGAGUGUUCAGCAUCAGGUUUGAAAGCUUGAGUGCUAGUUGAACCCAUAAAAUUACCAAAAAUCUGAUUUGGUAUCUUGUGUGCCGGAGGUUGUCUAUUCACCCAUUAGUUGACAAGAUGUGUCUGUUCACCUCCAGGCUCUUGUUGAUUAUGUUCAGUGAGCCCUGUCCCCUCCACAGUGUUGUGGACAGAAGGAAUUCACUUCGUGUAGGGGACAAGGGCAUCAUUUCACAUAUUGUACUGGAUGGCCAUUCACUGUGUACAGAUAAACAUUCUAGUUUUUCUUAAUUGCAUAAUUUUGAAGCUGUGAAUUACUUGUAAUAUUGAUGUGUAAAUGUUUGCUCAUCUGUGAGGACAGGUCUGAACAUCAUUUCUAGGCUUGGUCCAGGAACCUGGCUGCUGCAGGUUUGGGCUGUCAUACAUGGAGUAGUAUCCCAUCAGUGCGGCCCCCUGAGAGCCAUGGAACUAUUUCAGAAACCAGUGCUGUGGGCAGAGAUGAUGCACUAAAUGUGAAAAACAUUUAGUACGACAUCCUUUGCUGUCAGUUACUGCUCUCAGAAUUCAAGGUCCAGGAAUCCUGCACCAUUAUGGUGAAGCAAAAUAUUGCCAUGGGCACUGAAAAUGAUUUUUUUUUUUUGUUCUUUUUUUAUUCUCUGAAACAAUUAUUGAGAAGAUUUUUGUGGAUAGCAAAACUAAAUUUCAUCGUUUCACGUGCCAUUUACGGCCCCAGUGUUUUUGUUUUGAAACAAUUAACACAACUCAUUUGACACUUUUGGCUUUGAUGAAUAACUGCCAUGUCUGUCUGAAUGAAAUGGCCUGUUGUAAUUCAUUCUUGCCGCUGCUCGUUCUCUAGUUUUGGAUUUUGACCCUUGACCUCUUUGGUCUGUCGCUCUACUCUUCAUGAAUAAUGCAAGCAACCAGAUCAGCAAGAUUUACUUUCUGACAUUUAUAUUUGCCACUGUAUUUGUGUACUUAGACUGUAAAUAAAAGAAUUACUUGUA